GGAUUUAAUCGGUCAUUUUUAGCACCAUCAAUGUUAAAAUAUGGCAAAAAUUUCUUUUCAGAAAACAACAGCCACGAUGCCGAAGUCGAUGAACAUCGGAGUGACGACGAUGGACGCGGAGCUGGAGUUUGCGAUCCAGCAGACGAUCACGAGGCAGCAGAUCAAAACUCUGCACACCAACAACGACUGCGACGUCUUCCUAUACGGCUUUCUCGACGUCUUUCUCGUUUGUCGCUAGGGACGAAGAAAGGCCGAGGAAUUAAGUGGUCUGCGGAAGAAGAAGCCGCCAUGCGCAUAGCAUGCGCAUGUUACAUCGAAAAUCCGCCAGACCAACCAAAUAAAAAAGAAGUAGAAGAAAUUAAAAAAUCUUAUCCAGUGUUAAAGGAUAGAAGUUACAAUCAAAUAAAAGCAUGGAUCUGCGCGGAAAGGGGAAGGAAUAUA